CUGAAUUAGCCAUGACACAACCUUUGAAAAAAAAAAGAAUUGAAGACAAGCAUUCUCUUUAUGUUUCUCCUUUCUUCAAAGUUUGAAUUUUCCUAGUCAUCUGUGUUUUUCGUUCCUGCUUUUGAUUUUCUCUCCUUCUUUUCCUUCUGGUUUUUUCACCCCUGCUUUGUUUCUUCUUUUCAGAACUCACUUUCACUUAUCGUAAUUUGACAAAAAAAUAUCUUACUAAAGUAGACGGUCUCAGUUUCAAGACGUAAUUUUUCCUUUUCUUUUUUCGAUUUCCUCUCUAAUUUUGGAUGUUACUUCAUAUCUACAAAUAAUAGAAGGUGCAUGCAGUAGGAGGAGUGUGGUAGAAAGAAGAAAGAGAGACAUGACAAAGAUACUGUUUUUUGUUUCCUUCGUAUGGUUCCGCAUGAUGACUUGUUCAUCGUUCAGUGACAUGGAUGCGUUGCUGAAGAUGAAGGACUCCAUGAAGGGACACAAAGCCAAAGACGAUGCGCUCAGCGACUGGAAGUUUUCCGCCUCGCUUUCCGCGCACUGUUCAUUUUCUGGCGUCGAAUGCGACCAAGACCUUCGAGUCGUUGCCAUCAACGUCUCCUCCGUUUCACUCUUCGGCCACCUUCCGCCGGAGAUUGGACAGUUCGACAAACUCCAAAACCUAACCAUCUCGCAGGACAACCUCACCGGCGAGCUCCCCAAGGAGCUUGCUGCCCUCACUUCCCUCAAGCUCCUCAACAUCUCUCACAACACCUUCUCCGGCAAUUUCCCCGGCCAAAUCGUUCUUCCCAUGACCCAACUCGAGGCCCUCGACGCCUACGACAACAACUUCACCGGACCGCUUCCGGUGGAAUUCGUGAAACUGGAGAAACUCCGCUACCUCAAGCUCGACGGAAAUUACUUUUCCGGCAGCAUACCGGAGAGUUACUCGGAGUUUGAGAGCUUGGAGUUUUUGAGCUUAAGCACCAACAGUUUGUCGGGGAAGAUUCCCAAGAGUUUGUCUCGGUUGAAGACGCUGAAGUAUCUAAAACUCGGAUACAACAACGCUUACGAAGGUGGGAUCCCGCCGGAGUUCGGAGCCAUGGAAUCACUGAAAUACCUUGACCUCUCUAGCUGCAACCUCAGCAGCGAGAUUCCACCGAGUCUGAGUAGUUUGAAGAACCUGGAGACGUUGUUCUUGCAGAUGAACAACCUCACAGGAACCAUUCCGUCGGAACUCUCUGCGAUGACGAGCCUCUUGUAUCUGGAUUUUUCCUUCAACGGCCUCACCGAAGGAAUCCCGGACAGCUUCUCUCAGCUCAGAAACCUCACUCUACUGAACUUGUUUCACAACGACCUAUACGGCAUUGUUCCGUCCUUCGUCGGCGAGCUUCCGAAGCUGGAAACGCUGCAGCUCUGGGAGAACAACUUCUCCGCCGCGCUUCCUCAAAACCUGGGCCAAAACAGUAAGUUAAAAUUCUUCGACGUCACGAGCAAUCAUUUCACUGGGUUGAUCCCUCCGGGUUUGUGCAAGAGUGGGAGGUUACAAACCUUCGUCAUCACCGAUAACUUCUUCCACGGUCCAAUCCCCGAUGACAUUGGAAACUGCAAGUCUCUCCUCAAGAUCAGAGCCUCCAAUAACUACCUUAGCGGCGUCAUUCCGUCGGGAAUUUUCAAACUGCCAUCCGUCGCUAUAAUCGAGCUCGCCAACAACCGUUUCAACGGCGAACUGCCUCCCGAGAUUUCCGGCGACUCUCUCGGGAUUCUCACGCUUUCCAACAACUUACUGACGGGGAGAAUUCCACCGGCGUUGAAGAACUUGAGGGCGCUGCAGACACUCUCACUCGACGCCAACGAGUUGGUCGGAGAAAUCCCGGCGGGGGUUUUUGUCUCACCGGUGCUGACCACCGUCAACAUAAGCGGCAACAAUCUCACGGGCGCAAUCCCCACGAUGCUGAUUGACUGUGUUUCACUCCAUUUUAUUGACCUCAGCAGGAACAUGCUGGUCGGGGAGAUUCCCAAGGGCAUAAAGAAGCUCACAAGCUUGGGCCUUUUGAAUGUUUCUAGAAACCAUUUGACAGGGCGAGUCCCUGAGGAGAUUGGGUUGAUGAGUAGCUUGGUGACGGUGGACUUCUCCUUCAACAAUUUCAACGGCAAGCUUCCUACUGGGGGGCAGUUUUCGGCGUUCACCGAUAACGCCUUUGCCGGGAACCCCAACCUCUCUCUCAGUCAAGGAUCCUCCAUGAACAAUGUGGGAGCAGCGGCUGCUCCCACACCCAUCACAUUUCUACAUGUAGUAUCUGUGGCUAUAAAUUAUCUACAUCUAUAUUAUUACAAAAUGUAAUCAUGUAUCGUAAUGAAGACAUUAAAUUUGAUCGCUUUUA